CUUCCGGUUUUACGUGAAAUUUCUAUGCACGUGUCGAUUGAGCAAAGACUGAGAGAAGGAUGAUAGCGGACGCUCGUACGAAGGGAGAAACGGACUGAAGAUCGUUUUAAAACCACAAUUUAUGUUUAGCAUCUAGCUGGAAGGCGAACAGCUCUUACGGUGUGACUAUGCCUGUGGAGUAAAUAAAUGGGUUGGAAUACCCCACCAUAGUCCAUCAGUUAUCGUCAUUGAGUCCAUCGUCUGAACAAGUCCGGCUGGAAUGCUACAGUAAGAGCUGACACCUGCAUCAUCCGGCGGCCAUACUGCACCACGGAGUCAUGAGGACAAGCAAGGGGCUGUGCUGCUAAUCGUUUGGCGUUGAAGAUCAUACACUUCAUCAAGCAACUCAGCACCAUUCUACGGGUCCACAAGACAAUCAUUCUGCAGCUGGCUUAAGGUUUGAUGUGACGGUCAGACAAGGUAUGGAACAUUUCAUCCAGCUUGAGAAGAAAAAGGUCAAGCUUCAACGAGAACAUUAAUUCGUCCAAUAAGAAGUGGUUAAAGAAGCAAACGGCGUCAAAUAUAAGGAACAUUUGCCGAAUUAAAUUCAGAACAAAGGAAACAUUUAAGUAAAGGAACUGUUAUUAUCACUGUUUAUUCCUUGAUUUAUUUUGAUGGUGGAAAAAUAUUCUGUUUGAUCUGUGCAAGGUUUAAAAGGUAAAUUGAGUUCUGUUAAAAAAUAUAUUAAAAAAAGAGGGUUUGAUUUAACAUUCUGAGUUUGUGAUCUAAAUAAGCAGUUCAUGUUAACUGGAUUUUAUAUUUCAUUCUGAGUUACAUUUAAGUUAUCUGUUUUUAUUUCAAACAUUAAGUUCUUUCCAUUUGUGUAGUCUACAAGCAUUACUGAAGGAACUGUUUGAGUAAAGUUAAAAAUGGAGGAAACAGAAAGUCAUAUUCCACAAACAGAGUUACAGAAAGAAAUAGAUAGCCUGCACUGCAGAAUCGAAAGGCUCAAAGUUGCUCUAGAAAACACCUUGGAGACAACUGAGAGAGAACAUUUAGAAACGGAAAUUCAAAGUAAGGAAGAAAUACUAAAUGGCUUACAAAGCGAGCUUAAAGAAGGUGUCCGACGCUCAACACGACAAAAGACCCCAACUCCAAAAAUGCUUGAACUGCAAAUGGAGGAGGCAAGAAAAAGAGAAAGAAAAUUAAUUUUAUCAUAUGAAAAAUGGAAGGCUCAAGCUCGCAGAUCGAGAGAGCAGCUGAAGUCAGAUAUCGGUGAAAGUGAGUUGGUGGAUCUGAUGGAUUCUUUGGAAAAGGAAAAGGAUGAUGUGCUAAACGCUUAUCUCGAACUACGAAAAUCCAUCACACCAGCACCAGAACUGCGACGCCAUGUUGAUAGUUGUGAAGCAGUAACAGCAGAUAUCAUGAAGGUUAGCUACGAGAGAAUGGCAGGCAUAGACGGAGAUUAUGAUCCACAGCAAGUACAACAGCGUCUUAAGGAGCUACUCAAGAGCAGAUAUGCACGCUCCAUAUAUGGAUCCACCGUCUCCAGAGUGUCAAGGUCAAUUCAAAGUCAAGAAGGCACCACCUUAACAGUUAAACAGGUGGAUGCUGCAGCAGAACUCGCCGCAAAGGAAGCUGAGUUUGAAGUUCUCAUGGAGGAAGAGAAACAAAGAGAGAAAAUAGAAGAGCAACAAAGACAAAUAGAAGUAGAAAGGCGCAGACUAGAACGUAUUCAAGUAGAAAAGGAUCUAAAGGCUGCUCGAGCUAGGCUGCAUGUCUACAAUCAAGGUGUGUCCCAAGAAGGUAGCGUACAUUCACAUUGGAGUUCUGAAAGAAAUCAUCACAGCCUCCAUGUGACCGGUAAUCAGAACCCUGUUGUCACUGUAUCAUCACCUGACGUGAAUGCCUUAUCCCUCGCACAAGCCUUGCAGGAGAGCAUGGCUCUGAACAGACUUCCAGUCCCAGAACCAUCUGUUUUCAAUGGCGACCCCAUCAGGUUCAUCGAGUGGAAAACAUCCUUUAUGUCUCUCAUUGAUUCAAAGGCCAUCUCUGCAGCAGACAAGCUAUUCUAUCUGAGAAAGUAUGUAGGUGGCCCAGCCCGUAAAACACUGGAGGGAACUUUCUUUAGAAAUGAUAACGAAGCUUACAGGGAUGCAUGGAACAAGCUUAAUGAUAGAUACGGACAACCCUUCAUCAUACAGAGAGCCUUUAGGGACAAGCUAUCAGACUGGCCGAAAAUCCUACCACGUGAUGCAAUAGCUCUAAGAGAAUUUUCCGACUUUUUGAACGCAUGUCAAGAUGCAAUGUCACAUGUAAAGAGCCUCGAGAUCCUAAACGACUGUGAAGAGAAUAAAAAGCUCAUUCAAAAACUACCAAACUACCAGAAUGGACAGCAUCUCAAUGGAACAGGAAGGCCACAGAACACCUGA